AUGGGUUGCGGACAAUCAAAACACGAUGUUGUUACGGGUAACACCACGACGGUCCGAAAACCUUUGGAAGCUGAAUCAGUGAAGGGCCAAGAGAACGAGACAAUUAAAAGACAAGAAAGCUGCCGGUGCAAGAAAACGAACGACAUCUCAGCGGUGGUUUCUUCAAACCAGCCAAAAAUCACCGUGGAAAUUAAUACCAAUAAACUGAAGGAAAAGAAAGCUGGAGGAGAUUGUGGCGAGAAGCCGGAGGGAGAGACAAAUGAUCAACAGAAACAUGAGGAAAAGGAAACAACCACUUUGCCGUUGGUGACAGCGAUAGUGUCGGAAAAUAUUUUGCCAGAGGCAGAAAAAGUUGAUAGUGAUACAAUUGUAGAAGAGGAAAAAAGUACGGAAGAUAAAACUUCUGGUAACGUUGACACUGAAAUUCUACUUCCCGAGGUUGAAGAACCAAAACUGGAUGUAGAGACUCCAAUAACAACGGAGUCAGAAGUUCAAGAAGUUUUGACCAAAGAGGAUGUAGAAAUUGCUACCUCGGAAAAUGUUGAAACCGAGUCCAAAGAAAACGAUGACACUUUUAUUUUGAGGGACGAAGAUGAAGUCGAUCUUAUAGACAAUGUAGCCGCCUCGAAAACUGUUGAAAUUACAUCCACAGAAAACGACGACACUUUUGUUUUAAAGGACGAAGAUGAAGUCGAUCUUAUAGAGAAUGUAGAGACUCCCGCCUCAGAAAACGAAGACACUCUUGUUAUAAAUGAUGAAGCUGAUCUUGUAGAGACUGUCCAAAGUGCGUCCGCAGAAAACGACGAAUCUCUUGUUUUAAAGGACGAAGAUAAAGUUGAUCUUUUAGAGAAUGUAGAGACUCCCACCUCAGAAACUGCAACUACAGAAAACGAUGACAUUUCUAACUUAAAGGACGAAGAUGAAGUUGAUCUUGUCGAGAAUGUAGAGACUGCUGCCUCGGAAACUGUCGAAACUGAGCCCACAGAAAUACGAAACUGAGCCCACAGAAAUCGAUGACACUCCUAUUUUAAAGGAUGAAGAUGAAGUUGAUCUUCUAGAGAAAGUAGUCGAACUUGUGUCUACAGAAAACGAUGACACUCUUUAUUUAAAGAAGGAAGAUAAAGUUGAUCUUCUAGCGAAUGUAAAGACUGCCGCCUCAGAAACUGUCGAAACUGUGCCUACAGAAAAAGAUAACACUCAUGUUCUAAAGGAUGAAGUUGAUAAUGUAGAGACUGUCAAAAGUGCGUCCACAGAACACGAUGACAUUCUUGUUUAAAGGACGAAGAUAAAGUUGAUCUUAUAGAGAAUGUAGAGAUUACAGUCACACAAAAUGUCGACAUUGUGUCCACAGAAAACGAUAAAACUCAUGUUUUAGAGGAAGAAGAGAAAGUUGAUCUUGUAGAGGUAUGAAAGUUCAGCUAAUAUACAUUGUUUUAUAAUGGUAACUAGUUUGAUAUCAUUAUUAAGAAGUCCAUUUAAGAAAUCUCUUUCGAAAUUUGUCAUUUUUGGCGUUGUGUAGGGAAAUCCGGCAAAGCAAGUUGAGGCGGCAUGAAGAAAGCAUGUAUAUAUAUAUAUCAAGCAACUUUAAUCUGUGUUACAAAUACAAUAUGCACUACCGCACAAUCAAAUAUAUUGGUUAUUUAUUUCUUCUAUUUAAAAAAUAAAAAUUCAAAAAAAAAUAAUUUGCUUCAUUUAAACCUAUUUGAACCUUUAAAUGUAAAUCAUGUGGUUGAUUAUCCAAAUGCAACGCUUGAAACAAAGGUACAAGCUUGUUUUGAGUUUGCUUCUUCAACAAGGUUAGUGCAUUUCCAAAAUCUUCCCAUAUGGUUAUUAUGAGAUAUAUGGAAGAGUAGGAAUAAGCUUAUAUUCCAAAAUAAAAAUAUGCAUUGGAAGACUAUGUUGAGAUAUGCAAAGAAUGAUGCACAAGAAUGGAAAGGGAUUGAUUUGAAUGAUGGAACGGCUCACACGACAACUGGUAGACAGAAUCAGGGUUGUGAGGAAUUAAGAAGAUGGAAUUUGCCAACAAAUGGAAGGAUUAAGUGUAAUGUAGAUGGUUCAUUCCGGAAUGCGAAUACAGAGGCCACUGCAGGUUGGUUAUAUCGCAAUGAAGAGGGCCAAUAUUAGGGAGCAGUACAGGCACGAGGUAGGAAGGUCAGUACAGCAUUAGAAGGAGAGUUACAAGCUA